AUGCGUCUCAUCGAUGUCGAAACUCUAGAGUUGGAAUCCUUCGUUGGGGAUCUAGGUCGAGAAGUGCCAGCAUACGCCAUCCUCUCACAUGUCUGGACAAACGAGGAAGUCUCCUACCAACAAAUGACUGGGUCACUUUCUCUUUCAGAAGACUCCAAAGGAUACAGAAAGAUCGUCGAGUUCUGUGCAAAAGCCAGGAAUGAGGGAUUUGAGUACGCUUGGGUGGACACUUGCUGCAUAGACAAGACAUCAAGCGCGGAAUUAUCCGAGGCUAUUAACUCCAUGUUUCUAUGGUAUCGAAAGUCAGAUGCAUGCUAUGUAUAUCUUCAAGAUGUGCCGAGCACGGAAAAUCCUGUGUCUCAGGGAUCUGCAUUUCGCCAGAGUCGCUGGUUCACGCGUGGGUGGACACUGCAAGAGUUACUAGCGCCACAUGAAGUAAUAUUCCUGGCCAACGACUGGCGAGAGAUCGGUACAAAAGCCACUCUCAGUGCGACAAUUUCGGAGAUAACAAAGAUUGACAUCAAAACUCUGGUUGGACACACGUGGAACCAUGUCAGCAUUGCCAUGAUCAUGUCAUGGGCUUCGGUGCGGCAGACUACGAGACUGGAAGAUCAAUCAUAUUCUCUCCUCGGUCUCUUCGACGUCAACAUGCCUCUCAUAUACGGAGAAGGUCAGAAAGCGUUUUAUAGACUUCAAGUCGAGAUAAUGAAGCUCUCGAAUGACGAUUCACUAUUCGCAUGGUCUACGGAGCCACUGCAAGAUAAAGGCUACUCCACCAGGGAGGGAAUUUCUGCAAGGGGUUUCCAGUUCCUAGGUCUUUUAGCACCAUCAGUCUCUUGCUUCAGAGACUCUUACGACAUUGUGACGCCAAAGGACUACCCUGAAAGCCAUUCGCCUUAUGAUAUGGCAAAGCAAAAUGUCAGUUUAUCAGCUGUGUUGGUCAAACUAUGUCCAUUACCAAUCGACCCCAAGAACCUCAGCUGCGGAAUAGACGACGUCGAUGUAGUCGGUACAGUCCGAUUCUCAAAGAACGUUCACCCAGUGAAAGCUGUUGACCACAGCCUUGUCAUCACGCCAGCUAGACAAAACUCCAAGGGGAUGAAAGCAAUGUGUCUGCUCGCCAUACUACGAUGCAGUAAUAAAGAUGGAUAUAUCGCGAUACCUAUCAAGAAACUGGCUUCUGGUAGUUAUCAAAGAGUGGAAAACGGGUAUCGAUGUCGUUGGUUCAGAGUACGUUUGAUGCCGCUGCGUUUAUGUCUUACGGAAGAACAUGAGAGACAGCAUCACGAAUCGGCAUACAGAUUGAGGCAGUUCGACUCUGAGAACAGAGAGAGAGGGCCUCCGGCAGAUCCACCGGAAACGAUACUUAUUAAAGCAUAUGUUCCAUUGGAAACAUCAUUCGGGGCUUCGAAAUCCAUGGCAAAGGCUGAAGGUCUCAACUCAACAUUCAGAUUUAGGUCACUACCUAUAGAACACGCCAAUUAUGUUCUCAGCAGUGACUAUCCGGUUGACAAAAUACUUCCCUUAUCUGACCCCAGAGCUCAUGCUACUGUUAUCAAGAGCUUCAAUAGCAUCAUCGACGUCGCUCCGACAACGUUCAUCCUCUACCGAGAUAUUGAGCUGAAAGCGAAACUGCCGCCAUUCGUCAUCUGCGUCAAAUCUCGUAGAGACAAGAUGCAGGGUUCUGAUAGCAUAUUAGGGUGUCUGGUGGGAACUCAAGUGGAUAGCUGGAUCAGAACACCCGAAACCCUUGAUGCGGAUUUCAUCGAAGUCGACAUCAAGCGAUCAUGCACAAGAAUACUUCUUGCAGGUGACUUGUACCUAAUCUUUCGAGCCCGGCAGAGCAUUGAUCAAAGCUCAAUACGUUACCUAAAUGUUAGCAUAGAAAGAGAGCUGGCGUGGGACACGGAAUCAGAAAAUGACCUGUCCAACAUAAAUGGCGGUCUAUCAUCAGACCUGGAAGAGUCCAUAUCGCGGCGCUUCACUGACAUCUCUAUAUAA